AUGUCCAAGGUGGAAGAUCCGCUCGCCACUACGACUCAGUCAGAGUCAGGAGCUCCCGGGCCGUCGCAUCUCGCCGGCGUCGGCACUGGCAGCUGGAACCAACUUGAAGGUGAGCCUCGGACGAGUCAGGACUCCGCACAACCACCGCCUCCUUCGCGCACACUAGCCUCAGCCUUUGCGCCUUUCAACCGCUCAUUCGUGCCGUCGCCUCUAUAGCUACUACCACCGUGAUACCAGCCGAUGAUGAGCCCAAGCCUGCCUCUGUACCGAGCCCGUCUCCCACUCCAGCUCCAGUUGCAGCGCCAUCGACGCAUGGUGACGUCAAGCCGCUGCCCCUCGGCAACAAUGUACAUCCUACCACCCAACAAGCGCACGCCGCGUCCGCUUCCGAGUCGCUUGUACAAGCGCAAGCCGACAAGGUCGAACAAGCCGAUCGAGUCGCUCACGGCAAGCCGGAAAAAGGUCGGUUCGUGCCCGGCAUCUCGGACGAUCGCCUGUGGGCACUGCGUAGGCGCUUCGACAGUCAGAUCGUGCAUGUGCUCUCGCCUCCGACCAAACUUCCGCCCGGCGAACCGGAUUUGAGGCCGACGACGUUGCCCAGUGUUCCCUUCAACUCGGACCUGCUGAGGUCGAAUGCUGAACGUGUAUAUGCUACCGCCGGUAAGUAUAGGAGUCGAUCCGUUGACACUUAUCGCGUCCGUCGAAUCACUGACUCGAUAAGGAAACUUCUGUUCAAACAGGCGUCUGGUCCAUUUACUUUGCGCGCGAAAGUAAGUACACAUUCAUCUCUUGCUUGCUCCGCUUCUCACUGCUGCCGGCUGAUCAUACUCUCACUCCGUUCUUAGUGGGUCGUCUCAUGAGCUGGGACCAAGAAAAUCGCAAUCGCACUGGCAUUUGGUGCAUCAGCUACUUCCUUGUAUGCUGGUACGACCUCGUCAUCCCCACCAUCAUGCUACUUCUCAUCCUCCUCGUCUCCUUCACUCCGUCCCGAGCGAUCCUCUUCCCCCCUGUGCAUCCCCCUCCGGGCGUACCUCGUUCUGCGACCGACCCCACUCAACGCAAGGGCGACGAAUCUAAAAUUGUUGGCGUCGGUCACCCCGUCGAACAUCGAUCCAAGAGCGAACAGAUUGAACAACAAGCUUGGGAAAUGACGAACACGCUUCAGCGCUUUGGUGCUCGAAUCGUGGUCGGCGGACAGGGCAAGGGUAAGCGUGGCAACGCCACUGUCGGCCGCAAGCAGGGCGCCGAUUCCUCUGAUGGAUACUCGGAUUCCAGCGAUGAUGAUGAGGACAGUGAGGAUGACGAGGCCGAAGUACCAGCAACUGGUGGUAAAGAAGGGGAAGUCGUCGUCGUGGGUCCUGAUGGGCAGCCCGAGAAGAAGAUGACGGCGAAGGAAAAGCGCAAAAAGGCAGCGCGCGAGGCGAAAAAGAAGCGGGACGAAAAAGUUGGGCGCAUGGCCAAAGGUCUGCAAGACGGAUUGGGUGACUUUGCCGACGCGCUCGAACGAUUCGCGAAUGCGGUCUCCCCUCCUCGACCGUACCCUCAUACGAACGCACGCUACAAGCUCGCCGGUGCGAUCCUGGUCCCCAUCCUUCUCGUCACGGCCAUCGUCCCGGCGCAUGUUUGGUCUCGCGUCUCGUCCAUCUCAUUCGGUGUUGGAUUCUUUGGUCAACCGUUGCUCAAGCGAGCAGGUCGCAAAUUUGUCGAACUCGUUCCCGACUGGCAAGAGAAGCUCGAUCUUCGCAAGUGAGUUUUACUACUCUGCUCGAACGCAGCGUUGUCAAGAUACUGCCGAAAUUCACGAUUUUGUAUAACUUGAUAUUUUGCAGCUCGAUCUUUUCAAAGGUCCCGACGAACGCUCAGCUCACUCUGCACAUGCUCCGCGUCAAAGAGGCGGCGUACAACCCCUUGCCGCCACCGCCGACCGCUCCUACUCCUGCACAUGUUAAAGCGGAGAUUGAAAAGACUGCAGACGUCGACGACGGAGAGGAAUUACCCGACAAGUCCGCCAAGCACGUCGAUUCCAAGACGGGCGAAACCGAUACUGGUGCCGACGAGGACGAGGGAGGUGACGAUGGCGCUGGUGUGCGUGGCAAGGUCCUCAAAAAGAGCAAGAAGGGCCUACUGGGUGGAUUGAAGCUCAUGGCGAAGAAGGCGGCGACAUUCCACGCUGACGUCACCGUUGAUGGUAAGGCCAAGCUCGCCAAAGGGGUCGACAAGGCCUUCUUCCAAUCGCGCGUCAAGGACCGCGACAUGAUUGAGAGGUUCCCCGCCAAGUUCGAGGGUUCGUCCGGUGAGCUCGUCAUCACGCACGAGGUCGGUCAACCCGCCCUGGUAUCGUUCGUCCCCGCUUCGUCGGUGAACAGGAAGACGAUGUUCGAAAGGCCGAUCGAUGAUCUCGUCGAGGCGAAGAAGCGUGGCGUUUGGAUCGGCCGCGCCGUAUUGGGCUGGGCCGCAGGUGCGAGUCUCGAAGGUGCCGGUUUGGAACUGAGGUUCAAAGACGCGCAGCUUCGGGGAGCCGAUUCCAUCGGUAAGCAACAGCACGAGGUGCUAGGCGAGGUGAAUCCUCAUGAUGAACAGCAUGAAGGCGAUACCGUGUGCUUCUCCCACGUGGUCAGGAGGGACCAGUUCUUUGCGAGGUUGAUUUCGAUCCCUCAAAACACCAAGUGGGAGACGCUCUAG